AUUAAAUUUGCAGAACCAGAAACCCAAAAAAAUGACCGCAAAAAGCUCCAACUCUGUCUAGCCGUAGCUCACUUCAAAGCUGAAAGCUUACAAAAUGUCAUUCUCUUCUUGUCUGAAAUGUUACCCUUGGCCUCAUCCACAACCACUACUCUCUUUCUCUCACAAACCCAUCAUCUCUUUUGCCUCUACACAACAACACCACCAACCACUCACCGCCACUUCUCUCUCCACUUCCCCCCACCAACUCCCUCCCAAUUUCACUUCAUCUCAGCUCCUCGACACCCUCCGUCGUCAACGUGACGAAUCCUCCGCACUUCGCUUGUUCAGUUGGGCCUUAAAGCAGCCCAGUUUCACACCCACCUUGUCAGUCUACGAAGAAAUUCUUUCCAAACUCGGAAAGGUCGGUUCUUUCGAUUCCAUGACUCGGAUUCUAGAAGAAAUCAAGGCCUCUGGCUGUCAAAUUAACCCAGGUACUUUCUUGAUUUUUAUUGAGAGUUACGCCAAGUUUGAUUUAUACGAUGAAAUUUUAGGAGUAACCCCGUUGAUGCAGCAAGAAUUUGGAUUGGUACCCGACACUCAUUUCUAUAAUUUCUUAUUGAAUGUUCUUGUUGAUGGGAAUAAGUUGAAAUUAGUUGAAACUGCACAUUCUGAUAUGACUAGUAGAGGAAUUAAACCAGAUGUUUCCACAUUUAAUAUAUUGAUUAAGGCUUUGUGUAGAGCACAUCAAAUUAGGCCUGCAACGUUGAUGAUGGAAGAGAUGCCGGGCUAUGGUUUGGCUCCGGAUGAGAAAACGUUUACAACCUUAAUGCAAGGGUUUAUUGAGGAGGGUAACAUAAAUGCUGCAUUGAGAAUUAAAGAGCAUAUGGUUGAAACUGGGUGCCAGGUGACUAAUGUGACUGUGAAUGUUUUAGUUCAUGGGUUGUGCAAAGAGGGUAGGGUAGAUGAUGCCUUGAGUUUUAUAGAAGAGAUGACGAAAGACGGAUUUUAUCCUGAUCAAUACACGUUCAAUACAUUGGUGAAUGGUUUGUCCAAAGCAGGACAUGUGAAGCACGCGCUGGAGAUCAUGGAUGUGAUGCUUCAAGAAGGGUUUGAUCCAGAUAUUUUUACCUAUAAUGCAUUGAUUUCUGGAUUGUGUAAGUUGGGGGAAAUUGAGGAGGCGGUGGAAAUUCUCAAUCAGAUGAUUAUAAGGGAUUGUUCACCUAACACUGUUACUUAUAAUACUUUGAUUAGUACCUUGUGUAAAGAGAAUCAAGUUGAAGAGGCUACGGAACUAGCUCGUUUUCUCACAAGCAAGGGAAUUUUGCCUGAUGUUUGUACAUUCAAUUCUCUUAUACAAGGUCUUUGCUUGACCAGUAACUUUAAUGUUGCAAUGGAAUUGUUUGAGGAGAUGAAAAAUAAAGUGUGUCAACCUGAUGAGUUUACUUAUAACAUGUUGAUAGACAGCCUUUGUUCCAGAGGGAAGGUAGAGGACGCUUUGAGACUGUUGAAAGAAAUGGAAUCAAGAGGCUGUGCAAGGAAUGUGGUAACAUAUAAUACUUUGAUCGAUGGGUUCUGCAAACUCAAAAAGAUUGAAGAAGCAGAGGAGAUCUUUGAUGAGAUGGAACUUCAAGGGAUUUCAAGAAAUUCCGUGACCUACAAUACCCUUAUUGAUGGUCUUUGUAAGAUCAGAAGGGUGGAGGAUGCCGCUCAGCUCAUGGACCAGAUGAUAAUGGAAGGGUUAAAACCUGACAAGUUCACUUAUAAUUCCCUUCUUACAUACUUUUGUCGGGCGGGGGACAUAAAAAAGGCAGCAGAUAUUGUCCAAACUAUGACUUCAAAUGGGUGUGAACCAGAUAUUGUUACGUAUGGAACCUUAAUUGGGGGGUUGUGUAAGGCUGGUAGAGUUGAGGUUGCGAGUAAGCUCCUGAGGUCAAUUCAGAUUAAAGGAAUUGUUUUGACCCCACAUGCUUAUAAUCCAGUAAUUCAAGCUCUUUUUAAACGAAAAAGAACAACCGAAGCUAUGAGGCUUUUUAGAGAAAUGAUGGAGAAAGGUGAUCCUCCAGAUGCUGUAACAUAUAAGUUUGUUUUCCGUGGGUUAUGUAGUGGUGGUGGACCAAUUUCAGAAGCUGUUGAUUUCGUGGUGGAGAUGUUAGAGAAAGGAUUUCUGCCUGAGUUCUCAUCAUUUUAUAUGUUGGCUGAAGGACUUUGUUCAUUAUCAAUGGAGGAUACUCUGGUUAAACUCAUUGAUAUGGUAAUGGAUAAAGCCAAGUUCUCAGCCAGUGAAGCUUCAAUGAUAAGGGGCUUUCUUAAAAUUCAGAAAUUUAAAGAUGCAUUGGGCACCUUUGGCGACAUCUUGGAUAGCCGAAAUCCCAGGAAAGCUUAUUGGUCAAGAUGACGAAAAAUUGAUAAUGCAAUGACAUACUAGUGGGGAACAUAGAAGUCAGAUUUUCUUGGUUGCUUAUAUGAAGUUGAGUUUGGAAAUUCCUUCAAUGACAACUCUCCAAUCCAGAAAAUAUUGCAGUGUGGAUGUAAUGAAGGCGACAAGAUUUUUGAGGAUGGUGUAGUACGCUGUGGAUGGCCAUGAUCUGCACGUUAUGGUAAUGUUUUCUUGUAGCAUUCAACUCUCGAUGCUUGUGUCAAUUUCUACCAAUAGGUAAUACUAGCUUAGACAUGAUUUUGUGAUUACAAUGUUAAGUUGA